UUGGCAGGGAGGUCUCCUAAGGGACCUGUCUUUAAUCGACAGGCUGCACCAGGAGCUGACGUGUAGAAGACGCUUGGGGCAUGCCCCAGAGCCCCUGCCAGCCCCUUCUCCCUGCUGCUGGUGCCGUAUGAGGUCAUUAGGUCUGGAAAAUGGGCCAGACUGACUUCAGUUUCUUAAAAGGAAUAAUUGAUUGUUUAAAACCAGAGGUGAGGUGAGCAUCCCAGGAGACGGCAGCCCACUCUGCCUGUCCUCAGGGGCACUCAGGGCUGCACCUGCCCCCGGCCCCGCGGAGCUGGCUAGGGGACUGUGACCGGGCGCAGGGUGAUGAGCCGCUGUGCACCCCACAGGCUGCAGCCGCAGGACCGUCCUCAUGGGACGCCGCAACCCGCCGAUGCUGCGCAUGGUGCUGGAGGCGCUGCAGGCGGGCGAGCAGCGCCGGGGCACGUCGGUGGUGGCCAUCAAGCUGUACAUCCUGCACAAGUACCCGAGCGUCAACGGACUGCGCUUCAAGUACCUGCUGAAGCAGGCCCUGGCCACGGGCGUGCGCCGCGGCCUCCUCACCAGGCCGCUCAACUCCAAGGCCAAGGGCGCCACCGGCAGCUUCAAAUUAGUGCCCAAGCCCAAGAGGACGCAGCCCAGGAAGACGUCCGCCCCGGCGGCCCCCAGGAAGGCCAGGAAGGCCGAGGAGCCGGGCCCUGAGAAGCCGAGGGAGGCGAGGCCGGGCCCUUCCAGCCAGGGCCAGGGGGAACGGGCACCCAAGAAGCCGGACGGGUCGGGGAGGGCUCCUCCCAAACCAGGUGCAGCCAAGAAGGUCCCCAAGAAAGGUGGGAAGGCCAAGGCCAAGGAUGCGGAGGCCAAAGUGGGCCAGGCCAGAAAGGUGUCCGGGGAGUUAGACAAGGCCACGCAGGCCUCUGCCAGUCCCAGUGUGCGCAAAGGGAAGUCCAAGGUCAAAGGCCACGGGCAAAGCCAAGGACAUGCCAAGGCCCACGGGAGAACCAGCGCUGGCAGCAAGAGCUCCAAACCCACUGCCAACAAGGUCAAGAAUGGUGUUGCCUCCCCGUCCGGAAAGAAGACCACUGCCAAGGCCCCUCGAGGGGUGGUCCCCGGGGUGGGAGCUGGGCCCGAAGCCAAAGCUGCCACCCCCUCUAAGGGCCGUGGGUCCAAGGCGGGGCCUGUGCCCCUGUCUGGGAAGCCCGAGGGCCCCAGGAGCCAGAGAAAGCCUGGCUUGUCCUCCAAGGCCCCAGCGUCCAAGGCGUCCGGCAAGAAGGCUAAAGCCGAGGGCACGGGGCGCGGGUGAGGACACACACGUGCGUGUUUUUAUUUCCCACGGAGCCAUGCUCUAUCUCACUCACUGCCACCUAUUUAUUAAUAAAGGCUUUGUUUCUUCUUCCUUGCAA